CCUACUACUACUAGUGCUACAAGUGUUUCUCAUAUUUGAAAAUGUUUAGAGAUCCUCUAGCUGUUGGGCGUGUGGUAGGGGAUGUUUUGGAUCCCUUCACACGCUCUAUUUCUCUUCAAGUCACUUACAACAACAGGGACCAUGUCAAUAAUGGUUGCGAGCUCAAACCCUCUCAAGUUGUCAACCAGCCUAGGGUUGAUAUAGGUGGGGAUGAUUUGAGGACCUUCUAUACUUUGGUUAUGGUGGACCCUGACGCACCUAGCCCUAGUGACCCUAAUCUCAGAGAAUACUUGCACUGGUUGGUGACCGAUAUUCCAGCAACUACAGCAGCAAACUUCGGGCAAGAGGUUGUAUGCUAUGAGAGUCCACGGCCGUCUGUGGGGAUUCAUCGAUUUGUUUUCAUAUUAUUCCGGCAACUAGGUAGGCAAACGGUAUAUGCACCAGGGUGGCGUCAGAAUUUUAACACGAGAGACUUUGCUGAGCUUUACAAUCUUGGGUUACCCGUCGCUGCUGUUUACUUCAAUUGCCAGAGAGAAACAGGCUCCGGCGGCAGAAGACGAGGACAAUAAUAAUUAAUUUUCAAUAGUUUCCCCUUCUUUAAUGACUGUAUUUCUAGUAAAAAUAUUUUUCUGCUGUCCGACUUUAAAUAUAUGUGUGCGUGCAUGCCAAGAAAGAGAAGGGAAAAUUCAUAUAGCUAUGU